AUGGAGAGGGCCAAAGUAAUAACUCCGUCGGCUUCCCUGCCAGCUCACAAGUCUUCCGGAAGAGCCAGCCUUGGGCGCACUGGACGGCCCGCUCCCUUAUACCUCCCACAGGAAGAUGUCCAUCGAUGUUCCCACGAGUUGAAGACAAUCGCUCAGGGGAUAUCAACGAUACACCUGCGUGAGCUUCGGAUGCUCAAGCGUCCUCCAGCAGCAGUGGUGACGGUUCUCGAGGCAUUGAAAGUCAUCUUGGGCGAAGGCCAAACCGGCGGCUUCAAGAAGCUGCUGUCAGACUCUCUGCCGCAGAGGCUGGAAACUUUCGACCCAUCCUCGUUGAACACGCUGCAAGCUUCCAAGCUGAAGUCGCUGCUCGGUUCCGGAACCAUCCACGCCGAAUCCAUGUCGAAGAUGUGCCUGCCCUGCACAAACUUGACGAAGUGGUGCGAUUGCAUCUAUGGGUUGUUGCUGGGUGAAGUACGACAUGGCAGCAGACAUGUGACCGAGGAGGCAAUGGGACGCAGGAACACUGACUCUUCCAAUUCUCACGGCACAGGUAGCCACACAGAUCUUCACGACCGGCAGGCAAGCAGGCAUUCCGGUCUCUUGCAUGUUGAACCUGACCUGUCUAAGCUAAGCAAGGAAGAGCUGGCAUCGGUAAAUCAGCUCACUGUGACCAAACCUGGUAUAGGCUCAGUCCUGUUCCAUGGCAUUACAGACUGUACUGACCUUGAUAUUCAAUCGGACAUUGUGCUCAAAAGGGGGUAUGUGCUGGUGUACCCGGACGCCUCACGAAAGCCUCCUGUCGGCCAGGGUCUCAACAAAAGGGCCACUGUCACAAUGUACCAAUGCUUCCCACCCGGCGAGCGUGUGGAAGACAAGCAGGUGCUGGAGGAGUACAGGACAAAGAUCAAAACAAUGACCGAGGAGAACAGAGCAUGUAAGUUCAUUGACUACGAUUGCUUGACCGGCGUAUGGACGUUUGAGGUCUUUGAUGUUCAGUCCAGGCUGCCGAAUCCUGUGACGAAGCAGGCGACAACACUAGGGAAUCUCGAGAGCACCUUCCUAACCAAGUUGAAGCAAGCAGACCUGCAGCAGGAAGUUGGUUACGUUAACCUUGCCAUGUCGGGCCCUCUUGCGAGUCCGCGCCUAACGCCGCCUCGUCUGCCGACACCUCCGCCGCUGCUGAUGCCACUCGUGCCGUGCCCUUUGCUUGUUGGCACACCACCGCAGCAGCCAGUAACAAACCCAAUCUCCUUCCACGGAUGCUACAGCACCUCCCCCAUGGGACCUUCGCAUGUGGCCAGAGGGCCUUCGCCCACUCGCCGAGCUUGGUCACCCCCACCACAAAUGAUGCCCAGAACCCUUUCACCACCUCCGAUGCAAAGAGUGCAGGAAUCCACCAGGCUUUGCAGCCCUCCCAGGCUUGUGGCUCAGGCUCAAGCGCAGACGAUCCACGUGCAACAGUUUUCCCCCAGACCGCAUUCGCGUGCUCCUCAGGCCCAAGUUCCUGCCCUGGCCAGCCCGACCCAAGCUCCCAGCCUUGCCCUGGCCAGCAAGGCUGCUGGCCUCCCGAGACCGCAGCCACAGCAGACACAGCAGACACAGACCCAGGCUCGGAGCCCUGGUUUUAGCCCUGCUGGUCCACCACAAACUCAAGUACUCCAAAGCCAGACCCAGACCCAACGGAGGCCGAUCCCGUACCCAGCCGUCCAUGUUCCUCCUGCGACGGUCUUGGCAUCGCAUGGUGCAAAGCCUGUCCCAAUAGGCGCACGUCCACCUGCCAGUUGGGUUCCGGCUUCGCCACGUGUCCCAGAUCCAUUCCAGAGACCCGCGUCCCCGCAUUUGGUCAACUCUCAGCACUUGCCAGUGGAGUACAUCGCAUCUCCGGAGCAGAUGUACCGCAUGCUUGCUACACAGGGAAGCAUGGCACCUCCCAUGGUCCUGCAACUUUCAGCGCGCUCCAGUCCAGAGCUCACGCCCCGGAAGCCCGCAGCCGAGAAGCUCAGCGCGAGCCCUCAGGAGGAGGAGCCUGCGGAUUCCUUGGCGAAGCAGCUGCGCGCCCUUCAAGCAGCAAAGGUUGAUGCUGCUGCCAAGCAGGUAAAAGGCGACCAGCUGAUAGCGCAGCGUCAGGACCAGUUGAGAAAGGAGACUUUCUCGGCAUUGUCCGCAGACAACCUCGGUGAUCUUCUGAGGCGCUGGGGUCCCCCCCCAGAACAACCUGCCGAUUGGGAGACGCCACGAUCUCGUCACGAGACGCUGACCGAAAGCCCCGUGCCGGUGGUGGAGGACUCGCCACACGAGGCCAUGGACGAGAGCCAGGAUCAGACGCUGGAGGAGCUUCCGAAGGAGCCACCGGCAGAAGCGGAGGAGCAGGAACCACCCAGCGAGCCUGCACCCAGCCUUCCGGCGCAUGAACGGGCCAAGCAAGUUUCAAAGGCCUCCACAGGCAGUGCACGCACUGCAGAUGGGGAAGCUUGCAAAGAAUUGACCCAGCAGAGCUUAAGCCGAAGCUCUCGAGGCCGACGACCGUCGUCCCUGCUCUUACCCGCGGAGGAUGCCCGACGCUGCACAGCUGAGCUCGCAGUACUGGCACGAAAUGUGUCAGCCAAGGAAAUCCGCGAGCUUCGCAUGUUGAAGCGGCCGCCGGAGGCUGUGAUGAAGCUCUUGGAAGCGCUGAGAGUUGUGCUGGGCGAGAAGGACUUGAAGCCGGCAAACUUCCGGAAACUGCUUUCAGACUCCCUUGCGCAGCGCCUGGCUGCGGUGGAUGUCGCCUCCAUUGGUACUGCCCGAGGCGCCAAGCUUCGGUCACUGCUGAGCUCCCCAGACGUGAGCGCAGAAGCAGUUUCCAGGAUUUGCCGGCCCGGCGCAUCCCUCGCCGAGUGGUGCGGCUGUCUGUACUCUUUCCUUUCUCGUGCGCAAGAUCAACCAGAUCCAACGAGCACUGAACAGCGGAUUGUUGAGACAGAGAAGCCGCAAGAGAACAUCACGCCGCGGCCUGUCAUGGACAACCCGAAAUUGAUCGUGGAGCCAGAUCUGUCGCAGAUGAGCAGCGAAGAGUUGGCAGAAGUGUAUGACCUGACCGUGACGAAACCGGACAUCGGGUCAGUCGUGUUCCAUGGCGUCACAGAUUGCCGCGACCUGGACAUCGCACAGACGGUGGUGCUUAAACGGGGCUAUGUUCUGGUUUAUCCGGAUCCGGCCAAGAAGCCCCCGCCUGGCGAGGGCCUGAACAAGCACGCGACCGUGACGAUGUACCAGUGCUUUCCUCCAGGAGGACAUGUAAAGGACGAGCAGGCGCUGGCGGACUACAAGGUCAAGAUCAAAAAGAUGACCGAAGAGAAAAGCGCCUGCACAUUUAUCGACUACGACUGUUUGACGGGAGUUUGGACAUUCGAAGUCGAGAGAUUCUGA